AUGGCCGCGGAGCUGAGCAUGGGGCCAGAGCUGCCCACCAGCCCGCUGGCCAUGGAGUACGUCAACGACUUCGACCUGCUCAAGUUCGACGUGAAGAAAGAGCCGCUGGGGCGCGCGGAGCGUCCGGGCAGGCCCUGCACGCGCCUGCAGCCGGCCGGCUCGGUGUCCUCCACGCCGCUCAGCACGCCGUGCAGCUCCGUGCCCUCGUCGCCCAGCUUCAGCCCGACCGAGCAGAAGACCCACCUCGAGGACCUGUAUUGGAUGGCGAGUAACUACCAGCAGAUGAACCCCGAGGCGCUCAACCUAACGCCUGAGGACGCGGUGGAGGCGCUCAUCGGC